AGUGAGUUGCCACAGUUUGUUUUUGUCUCUGCAGGACUCUACUCGGGUUUUCCUGCGGAAUGAAGAAUAAAGCGAUCUGAUCGACCUCCCCGUGUUCCUCCUCAGCGAUGUCCGGAGCCGAAAUGGACCCCGAAGUGGCGUUAGGACUGUUUGAAGAAGGAGCCACUUUGGUGCUCCUCGGCGUUCCUGAAGGAACCGAGCUCGGUCUGGACUACAAGACCUGGGGCGUGGGUCCACGAUUCCGUGGUGUUAAGAUGAUCCCUCCGGGAAUCCACUUUCUCCAUUACAGCCCGAUGAACCCUCAGGGAGGAGAACUGGGUCCCAAACGCGGCGUGUUCCUCUCGCUGAAGCCCCGUCAGGUCCUCCUGGCCCACUGGGACAAAAACGAGGAGGAUUUGGACUUUUCGGCGUCGGAGAACGCUGACGAGGUUUCCCGCGUGAGGGCCGGGCUCCGUGAGCUCGACUCGUACCUGGGGCCGUACCCGUACGACACGCUGAGGAAGUGGGUGUCUCUGACGGAUAAACUGAGCAUGGACCUCGCGAGCGCGCUGCAGCCUCUGAGCGGACGCGUGUGCGCCUUCAGCGAUGUGAUUCCUGAGCUGCAGCUCACACACACCAAAGAUCGGACGGAGCAGAACCUGCCGCGGAACGACACGCUGUGCCAGAGCAUGAAGGAGGGGCUGGAUAGACUUCCACGCAUGAAGCAGAGAGAAGGAACGGAGUUCCGGUUCUCACAGAUCCCUCAACACGCGUAUCCUCCGGGAGCCACGCCCGCUCAGAUUACGCAGUGCAGCAUGGAUCUCAGCUACAGCCUGAACCUCCUGCUCGAGAAGCACCACAAGGAGCAGCCGCUUAACGUCCUCGGCGAGCUGCAGUUUGCCUUUGUGUGUUUCCUCCUCGGGAACGUCUACGAGGGGUUUGAACACUGGAAGCAGCUGCUGCUUGUCCUCUGCAGGAGCGAGGAGGCCAUGAGGGAGCGCUCUGACCUUUACCUGGGCCUCAUCAGCGUCCUCUACCACCAGCUUGGAGAAAUUCCACCAGACUUCUUUGUCGAUAUCGUGUCCCAGAACAACUUCCUCACCUCCACCUUACAGGACUUCUUCCAGUUCGCCAGUUCCCCUGGCAUCAACUCCACUCUGCGCAAAAGAGCAGAGAAGUUUAAAGUCCAUCUAACCAAGAAGUUCCGCUGGGAUUUCGACGUAGACCUGGACGAGUGUGCGCCGGUGGUGGUGGAGCUUCCAGAAGGUGUCACUCUCGACUAAGAGUCUCAGUGUGUCCUUCAGGUCCUGCUGAGGAGAGCGUGAAGGUUCCUGGUUCACACAUGGACUGAUCUUUUCAUCAUUAUCAUCAGCAGCAGCAACAGCACUUUCUGUCAUUUAAACACAAAGCUAUGGUCUGGCUACAAAUAAAAUAUUUACACAGUA